AUGAGCGCGGCCCCGGGCGCCCCCCGGCCGCUGCUCCGCUUCCCCGACGGGGCGGGCKGCCCGGGCGGCUGCGGGCGGGAGGCGGCGAGCGGCGGCCCGGGGCCCGGCCCCUGCCCCUGCCCCUGCGCGGGGGGCCCGCGGAAGCGGCGUCGAACCACGUUCAGCCGGGGGCAGCUCUCGGAGCUGGAACGGGCCUUCGCCGCCGUGCCCUACCCGGACAUCGCCACCCGCGAGCGCCUGGCCGAGCUCACGCAGCUGCCCGAGGCCAAGAUCCAGGUCUGGUUCCAGAACCGCCGCGCCCGCCGCAUCCGCAGCGCCAAAGCGGAGCCGCCGCCGCCCCCGGAGCGCGACCCCCCCGCGCCGCCCCCCGACGCCGCCGCCGCGGCCCCGGUGCCGGCGCCGCCCGAGGCGGGGGCGCAGGGAGCCCCCCGGGGCCUCCCCACCUCGCUGGGCUCCAUCUCCGACCUCAUCUACAGCGCGGCCAUCACCAACCUGGGCGAGCCGUAG